CAACUUGUUGUCUUUCCUCUCUUUGAACGAAAACAGCGCAUCGCAUUCACAUUUAAGCUUCUGCUCUGAUUCCGACCAAAGAGUGGAGUGUGCAAAGCAAGGAUCUCAACCGUUCCCUAUCUUCUGAAUCUACCACCGUUGACUUUGCUCAGGUAUUGAACGGCCAGGAUGAACGAGAAAGAUCUUACAGCCGAGAACCGUGGACCUCCGAAAAAGCAUGUGUGGCUCUUUCAUAGCAUGGCGGCGACACCUUGGCCUUAUAUGGUUUUCUUGCCUACUGUCUUUAUAUUCUUGAUUGCUUUUGGAUGGACUCGAGAAGAUAUCAUUGAAGACGAAGUCGCAUCGAUCUGGAUUCCCACGAAAGGUUCCUACGCCAAGGACUUGGAUUAUGGCGCUCAGCUCGGCAGAGAUGAUCUCGCGAUUUCGUCGUUCGCCGCCAUGGCCAUUGCCCGCGACGGCAAGAAUCUCUUUACGGAAUCUCGUUUAGAAGAGAUUCGUGCCCGCAUGGAAGCAGCGGAAGGCACGACGGUCACCCACAACGGUGUCACUUACACGUGGCAAGAUAUGUGCGCGUUGAAUUCCUUUCCUUACGAAUUCCCGUGUGCCAGAUUGUCACCCAUGGAUCUUUUUCAAGAAGCACGCUGGUUUUUUGAUGAGACAUCCAAGAUCACGUGGUACAACGAGGUUCUGCAAAAUCUGCUCGUCAAGCCCCGCAUUCCUCGAUUCGGGGUCAUGACAGAGAGCUGCGCCAGCCCAGCAUCGGAUGUAUGCGACUUCAUUGUGGCGUUGCGUACGAAUCCAACGCUAGUCGGUCAACCGGCUGAAACGGCUAACCCUCUCUUGCUCUUUUCCGAUAUCGGCAAUAUGGAAAUGAGCGAUCCCUGUCGCAUUUGUAUCGAAGAGAAUUACCAAAGUCAGAUUGAGCAGUUGUUCAGUCUCGCCAAGCCUGUCUUCCAAGUCCUCAGCGCUGAACUGCAGCGAGCUCUGCAAGUCGGCUUUGCCAACGAUACGGAAGGGUCUGCGCAAGUUGGAGCUAUGCUAUCCAAAACCGCACAAUUGGCACAAAGUAUUACUAUUGAAGAUGUCAAGGAUUUCUACCAAUACUUCGUGACACGAGGCGUAUAUGCGUCGUUAGGAGCCCCGGCUUACAUCGCAGGAUACCAGCAGCUCCUGCCCUUGAUCGAGUUGUGUAAUCCAGCAUUCGGCCUGACUUGCCCCUCCACUUCUGUCCCAAAUACGACCGAAGCGGAAGCGGCUCUGCUUGCCCAUGCUGACAAUUCGUUUAGCCCGGUGUCAACUGCUGGUGCUCCGUUCCCGUUCUGGUCAGAGAGCAAUGGUACUGGUAAUCUCUUUGCUGGCUCUAAUCCUGUGUCAGGUUCUGGAGUGGAUAUGAGCGGGGAAAUGCUAUCUAUUGUUGGAUACCUAGAUCUUUUGAAUUUUGGUCAAGACGAUUGGAACCCCCUGUAUUCUAAUGGAUACUUGGACCCUGUAACUCCGGAUCCUACUUGGUCUGCUUUGGUGGAGCGCAAUCCACUCUUUAAUUGGUUCAUGGCGAGCGUUACCGAAGCCGAUCCCGGCUUGGUUUGUGGCAAUGAUGUGUUGACUGGGACCGACACACCAAGUCCUGAAUUCAACGCUGCUACUGCUGGUGCUAUGGCGCAAGCAACCUCGAGAUGGUGCACCCAGUAUGAUCUACCCACCGCUGAAGAGCCUGAAGGGACAUUUACCAAGCAGCACUUUGCACGUAUGUGGUACGAUUUGCUUAUUGCAUCAGAUAGCUUUCUUGGUGUUACGGAGGGAGAGGAUGAUCCCUACACGUGGACGACAGGCCAAGGGUGCGGUUACAAUCUUGGUGGCGAGCGUGAUCCUUACACCGGCCGGGACGAACAAAGUAUUCUUUUCAACGCAUCUCGUGAGCUCUACUUUAUCGACGAGGGCGAAACUAUUGGCGUAGUGUCGCGGAACUUGCUUUUUGGAGAUGUGACCCCACGGGUGGGGGACUAUUCGUUUGAGAACCCAUUGCAAGAAGUUGGUUUGGUCCAGUCUUUAUACGCGUCACUGCGCCCACCGGGCAUUGUUGAGAGAGUGAGGAACUGCAACCGUCCGGGUGGAGCCGUUGAUAUCUCAGUGGAAGACGCUGAGGAUAUUCUCAAGCUUUACAAGGAAGAAAUGGAAAACAUUUGGUCCCGAGGCUGGGAUGAUGACAACGCGGGGGAGGUUCAGUUCGUUGGGUUUUUUGAUGACAAUGGUGUAAUUGGAACCACCGGACGCAUGCUACAGCAAAUCACCUUGGAUAAUACGACCUUGACGACAAUCUCGAUUUUGCUAAUUGCCCUUUUCUCGGUGCUUUUCCUGUUCAGCCUUGAUUGGGUUGAGUCUCGAGUUUUAAUUACCCUGGUCGGUGUAGCACUUGUUGUGCUCUCUUUUUUCGCUGCCCUGGGUUUUGCAAUUCUCAUUGGAGUCAAGAUUUCUGUCACAAUUGCAUGGACUUUACCUUUUGUGAUCCUCGGACUUGGAGUGGACGAUAUGUAUAUUGUACUUUUGUCGAUUAAAAAGCAAGGUGGAUACCGGGAACACCAUUAUCUCAAGGCUAUGAAAGAGGUCAUUGUUCCAGUCACGAUGACAUCGUUGGUCAAUGCAUGCAUGUUCGCUAUGAUGAAUAUAAGCGAUAUUCCCGCUGUGUAUCUUUCAGCCCAAUGUGCACUUUAUUCUGUGAUCCUGCUUUAUCUUGCGAUCAUCACGUGCUUCCCAGCAUACUGCUACCUUGACAUGAAACGUCAGGCUGCCGGACGUAAAGACGUCUUUUUCUGCCUAAAGCAAGAGAACGCCCCGAGUGAGGGGAAAGCUGAGGAUUUCCGUAACACGUUUCUUUAUGAUAAGUUUUACAAACCGCUUGUUUUGGGCUCUGCUCGCACUCGCAUGUUCACGCACACAUUGAUCAUGCUCGGUACAGUGGCCCUUUUCGGUGUCGGUAUUUAUGGUAUUACAGAGAGAGAGGUUGGACUUGGUCUGGAAGAUUUCUUCCCGAGCUCGAACCAGGCGAACACGUGGGCGACGACUCGGACGGAAGCUCUUGCGUCCUGGUCUAUGGGAAUGAAUUGGGGAAAUAUCGAGUACACAGAUCCGGACACUCAAAUGAAAAUGAUUAAGCAAUUUGAAAGUGUAGUUGAAACUCCUCACGUAGCUGAAGUCGAUACCAAGCAGCUUUGGAUGGCCAAUUUCCUAAUCUGGAACAGUCGCAUGUGUUUGGAUAAUUUUGAUAGGUCAGAAUUUGCCGAGCUUGAAUGCGGACGUGAUCAGUUCCAUAAUGAGACGCAAUCGUCCUGCGAGGCCACUUGGGUGCCAAACCAGUUUGGACUUCGCCAGAAGAUUAUUGUCAACCCUACCGAUGAAAUGUGCUACCCAAACGAAGGCGGAAUUUGUCGCUCAGGAUCUAGCAUGCAUCCUGCCGAUCUAGAGGACAUGGGAAUUCUCGACCCAGAUUCCGUACGGGACGAAGUGUACUGUCCUGUUGUCAGUGAUUGGACCGAUGAGAAAUGGCAGUUCUGCUUAACGCAAUGGCGUGCCAAGACAGGAUUCUCUGGUGGUCGCUUUCUAUUGGAUGAUCCACAAGGUUCGGAGACCGAUUGCACUGGGGUAUACGAAAAGGAUGAAGCGCUGACAUGGCCGAUUCCUUUCAGUUCUGGUCCAACGAUGUAUUCGUUUGACAUGUUUUCUCACGAAGAAACGCUCGUGAUGAUGGACGAGACUCGAACUUUUUGCGAUGACGAUCCUGAUUUGCAGUGCUGGUUGACAGGCAUUGCCUUCGACUACUGGACACAGAUUUCUUCUUUUUUUUGGUACGAUGGAAUUUUCACUGUUUUGGUGGAACUCGGAGGCUACUCUACACUGGUCGGUUUCUUCAUCUCUUUUGUAUUCCUUUUCACAAAGCUGAGCAUCGAAGGUCUCUACUCACGCCGAAAAAUUUUCUUUGGAAGUUUGAUUGGUGCAGGCUUGAUAGCGAUGACGAUUAUCUUGACGUUGAUAUCUGUCGUCGGAUUGAGCGUUCUGGCAGGUGUCAGUUUGACCGGGUUUUCCAACAUGUCAUUUGUUUUGAGCGUCGGCUUCGCAGUCGAGUACUCUGUACAUAUCAUCGCUCGUUGGCUUCGGGCCAACUCAUCGUAUAGUACGAGUCUCAGCCGCGUCCAGUUCACGAUGUCUUUCUUGAUGUUGCCUACUUUUAUGUCAUUUGUCUCGUCAACGAUUGGCGUCGUUUGUCUGGCUUUUACAGAGUUCAACUUCAACCAAACAUUCUUUUUCAAGCCUUUGAUCAUUGUCAUGUUCACAUCGUAUUUCUUUGGAUGUUGGUGGCUUCCCGCGUUUUUGACGUACCUGGACUUUGAUAUUGUCAAGAUGGGUAAGAGUGCUGGAAUCGAAUCAGAGUACUUAUCGACUUCGACUUCGCCAGCCUUGCGUGCUGCUGGCAAAGAGCUUGAUGAUGAUGACGAAGGGGAAUCUACUCCGGUUGAUGAGGAGCCGCGGAAAGAGCACGAAGCAUCCUCGGAGGAAGAUCCCUGAGAAUCCAACCGAGGAGCCUAACUUGAAAAACGUGGCAGCCUCGAAGGAAGUCAAACUUCUUAGGUCUCAGAGUGACGUUCCAUAUUGUGUCGUAAUGACUAGUAAGACCAAGUUUAUUGUUUUGGUAUGUUU